CGCUGCAGCACCUACUCAGUGCAUCCAGCAGCUAGUCAAACGACACAGGGCAGUCGCGAGGGAAGAGGGCUCUGAAGCUGGCGGGGGGCGCUGGAAAUUGAUCGGAGGGCGCAGGCACAGCGUGGAGGCGUGGCGGGCGUGCCAGGAUGGGGAACACCUUUAGAAAGCUGUUUGACGGGUUGUUUGGGAGCAGGGAGAUGCGAGUGGUGAUGCUAGGGCUGGACGCAGCGGGCAAGACCACCAUUCUGUACAAGCUGCACAUCGGCGAGGUGCUGAGCACUGUGCCAACAAUCGGCUUCAACGUAGAAAAGGUGCAAUACAAGAACGUGGUGUUCACGGUGUGGGACGUGGGCGGCCAGGAGAAGCUGCGCCCGCUGUGGCGGCACUACUUCAACAACACCGACGCGCUCAUCUAUGUGGUGGACUGCUGCGACCGCGAGCGCGUGGGGCGCGCCGCCAGCGAGUUCAAGCAAAUAGUGGAGGACCCUCUCAUGCGGCACAGCGCCAUCCUGGUGUUUGCCAACAAGCAGGACCUCAAGGAUGCGCUGAGCCCCGCCGAGACGUGCGAGGCGAUGGGGCUGCCGCAGAUGAAGGCGCGCAAGUGGCACGUGCAGGGCGCCAUCGCCACUCGCGGCGAGGGUCUGUAUGAGGGCCUGGACUGGCUGAGCACCACACUCAAGCAGAUGAACCGCGGAACAACGCCAGCACCCAAGAAGUGAGCCGGCGGGCAAGCCGGCAGCAGCAGCAGCAGCUUAGCACUGAAUCUUUGGCUCCUGCGCCGUACCAUGGCGUGGCGCUGGGCACACCGCCGUGCAGCAGCAUGGCGCAGGAAGCGCCUGUACCAAGCUUGAUCGUCGCACAGGGAUGGCGGCGUGGCGCCGCAUCUGUCUAGGGAGCCCUGGAUGGCCUGUGCCGCAUCCCAUUGGGAGGUAUGCAGCCUCGAAAACAACCUGUAAACCAACAAACUUGC